CUCACGAUUCCCCUUCUCUCUGCUGCCCCAUGGAGUCAGCACCCCCGUCUUAAUAAUAUCCGUAUCUCUUCUUCUUCUUCUUCUCCUUCUUCUUCUUUCCUCUCCUUCUUCACUUUCUCUCUUCAAUUCUUUGACCUUGCAGAUUAG